AUGCCGCAACAGUACCAAAAUGCAAAGUUGAAACUUGCUAUUGCACUUGAUAAUGUUAAGCAUGCUGCACUAACCGCCGAUUUGUGGUUUAACCAAAAUAUGGACUCCUUUAUUACGGUCACAAUUCAUUUUUUUCUGAAAAGUGAUUUAAAAAGCUAUGUCUUGACUACCUCAGAUGUCCCCACUGCACAUACAGCUGAAAAUCUUGCCGAAAUUGUUUCUAACUUACUAACAGAAUGGAAAGUAACUGGCAAAAUUACAACCAUUGUCACAGACAACGCUACUAACAUGAUCAGAAUGUGCGAAUUGCUAAACAUACGGCACAUGCCAUGUUUUGCGCAUACGCUUAAUCUAACUGUUGAUGAUUCUUUCGAGCUUCCUGAGAUUUGGGAAAUUAUUAACAAAUGUAAGGCUAUUGUUAAGUUUUUUAAAAAGUCGUCUGUAGGGUGGCGAGUGCUAAAAGCAGAACAGAAGGAAAGAAAUCCAAAUACUACUCCUUUAAAGUUGAUACAAGAAGUAUCGACACGAUGGAACAGCAAAUUCUACAUGGUGUCUAGAAUUCUUCAAUUAUCUAAUGUUCUGGCAUUAGUAUGUAGAAAAUUAAUCCAGGCACCAGACUACUUAACCGCCUGUGAAGAAAAAGUGGGCAAAGAAAUAAUAAAGAUUUUGGAGAUAUUCGAACAGGCUACAAAGCUUGUUAGUGCUGAUACAUAUCCGACCAGUUCAUUAAUCAUACCAGUAAUUUGUGGAUUGUAUGAGAAUUUGACCACCAUUGAAAAUACUCUGGAGACAGAUAUAGGCAAAAUGUUUUGCUCAUCAGUAAGGCGAAAUACGAGCAACAGGCUUUUAGUAUACGAGACAAGAACUGUCACGCAAAUAUCAACAUACUUACAUCCGGUAUUAAGGUCUGGUUUUAGGCGCUCGGAAAAUAUGUUAUCGGCAAAAGAAAUAGUAAGAAAAGAACUAUCUCAUUUAAUAAAUGAUUCUGAAACCAAGCUACGACUUCAGAACAAGCAGUCCAAAGAUCAGUGGAGACAAACAUAG